CGGGGAGAGCCGGCGCUCCCGCCUCCUCCUCCCGGGUAUCCGCGGCCCCCUCGCGCGCCCAGGCCUGUUCCAGAAAGGGACGUCGGGAGAGAGUGCCCCCCGCCCGGGAGGGGGGGGGGCGCCCGCGUGACGGGCAGUCUCCGCCCACCCCCACCCCCGUUCCCCGGGCUAUCCCGGGCUGGCAAAGGACCAUGGGCGUGCUCCGGGCCGGACUGUGCCCGGGCCUCACGGAGGACAUGGUCCAGCUGCUGAGGGGCCGAGGGAUCAAGACAGUGGUGGACUUGGCCGCUGCAAACCUGGAAGAGGUAGCCCAGCAGUGUGGCUUGUCGUAUAAGGCCCUGGUUGCCCUGAGGCGGGUGCUGCUGGCUCAGUUCUCUGCAUUUCCUUUGAAUGGUGCGGACCUCUAUGAGGAGCUGAAGACCUCCACUGCCAUCCUGUCCACCGGCAUUGGAAGCCUGGACAAACUGCUUGAUGCUGGUCUCUAUACUGGAGAAAUGACUGAAAUUGUGGGGGGCCCAGGUAGUGGCAAAACCCAGGUGUGUCUCUGUGUGGCUGCGAACGUGGCCCACGGCCUACAGCAGAACGUCCUUUAUGUUGAUUCCAAUGGAGGCUUCACAGCUUCUCGCCUCCUCCAGCUACUGCAAGCCAGAACCCAGGAUGAGGAAGAACAGGCAGGAGCUCUCCAGAGGAUACAGGUGGCGCGUGCAUUUGACAUCUUCCAGAUGCUGGAUGUGCUGCAGGACCUCCGGGGUGCUGUGGCCCAGCAGGUGACGGGCUCCUCAGGGACUGUGAAGGUGGUGAUGGUGGACUCGGUUACAGCGGUGGUCGCCCCACUUCUGGGAGGUCAGCAGAGGGAAGGCCUGGCCUUGAUGAUGCAGCUGGCCCGAGAGCUGAAGACCCUGGCCUGGGACCUCGGCGUGGCAGUGGUGGUGACCAACCACUUGACCCGAGACAGGGACAAUGGAAAGUUCAAACCUGCCCUGGGACGUUCCUGGAGCUUCGUGCCUAGCACCCGGAUUCACCUGGAUAUCAUCGAGGGGAUUGGAGCAGGCAGCAGCCGGCGUACAGUGUGUCUAACCAAGUCUCCCCGCCAGCCAACGGGGCUCCAGGAGGUGAUAGACAUUGGGACCUUGGGCACUGCAGAGCAGAGCCCCAUCCGGCAGGGAGAGCAGACGUGACUGGUGCUGUUGACUGGACAAGUUUCUUUGGCUUUACUCUCAUUGGAGAUACUAACUCCACCAGUCAGAGAGGAUGACACACGGUGGGAGGACCCGGAAGUCCCAUGCUGGUGCCAUAUAGCCUUCCCGUGUGUCCACCAUGUAUGCUUCCAGUGGGAUUGAGUUCACCCUAGCCUGGGGCAUCUCUGAAGAAGCACAAUAGUGACUGGGUGAAUAGCCCACAUUACCACCACUGGAUCCAGUGCCUAAUCCUCACACAGUACUCUCUUGCCUUUCCUUCCCUCUCUUUUGUGUUUUCUGGCCUCUCUUUUUCCAUCUAUAAGAUGGGACACCCUUCCCUUAGUGCUGUCUCUAAGUUACUGAGUACAAAUAAUUUCAGAAAUAUAAAACGUUCCUUCA